AUCUACUCAUCGGUGAUGAAGUGCUGGUCCUCACAGUUCUCGCACAUCGCCUACGAGUAUAAGAGAGGUUACGGACAGCCUAUCAAUAGUCCGAUGGCUGUCGUCAUACAAGAGAUGAUUGGCUGCGAAUCGGCGGGAGUUAUGUUCACUUGUGAUCCCAUCACCGGUGAUGAGAGGUUUCUGGAGAUUACCGGCAAUUAUGGGUUGGGAGAAUCAGUGGUGUCGGCGUCUUCAGAACCGGACACAAUCAAACUGUCGGUCAAUAUUAAGUCCAACUCUCUAUCCAAACGAAGACAUAUCAACCGAAUUGAGUCUAAAGUGAUCGGACGGAAGAAGACGCUAAUAAAAUUGUCUGAAAGUGGGGGCACUGUCGAGGAAGUGGUUAGCGAUACGAGUAAUUGUUGUGUCAGUGAUCAGGAUUUGAUGCGUUUGGGAGAUAUUGGGCUUAAGAUUCACAAACACUAUGGAAACGCGAGAGAUAUAGAGUGGGGUGUGAAAGGGGGACAAAUAUUUAUGCUACAGUCGAGACCUGUCACCAAUUUGGACAACUCGUACACGGAUUAUGAGAUUAUGCACGAAAUGGACAGCCCCCACCAGACUGAGUUUGAGAUCUACUCCCGGGCCCACUGGGGCGAGAACUUUCCCGGCGCCUCCUCCUGGUUGGUCUACACCUGGACUAAUGCCAGCAAAAGUGGAUUUUUUAGUUUUGGUCUCGAAUCGGGAAUGUUUACUGAGGAGGACUACAACCCCUUUAGCCCGACAAUGGCUGUCCAAUACAACCAAAUGAUGUUUAACAUGACAAAUGGAGGCAUUGAUAUAUUCAGCGAUUAUCCGGAGACAGAUCGGGCGAAACAAUUCGUUAUCGCCUUCUUUGGGCAUCACAUCGACGACAAGGAUGUGUUAGAAGCGUUCAAAGACUUGAAGAAUGAGAAGAAGAAGUUAUCGGUUUAUACGAAGAUUAAAGAUUCCACGCGAUUGAUGAAGUGGUUACUGUUUGGUCCCCAAUAUUUGAUCCAGGGCAAAACUCAAUACAUGGAGCACUUGAAGUUUGAUAUUUUUCAGCAUCAUGCCCCAGUGUCUAUUGGCUCAACCAUUAAGCACCUGUUUUUAAGAAGUGCUUUAGAAGGAGCUAAAAAGGAUAAUCCGGAGUUGGAGUCAGACUUCAAUUUACUGAUCUCGUCGUGUAAUGAAGUAAUCAGUGCUGAAGUGCCUAAUAGUUUGAGAGAAAUUGCAAAAUCAAUCCGAGAUAAGCAUUCGUUUAAACAAAUGAGUGAUGAAAAGGCUAUGAAAACACUGAUGGAGGGCACGGAUGAGAGCUCACAGAAGUUUAAACAGUUUUUGGAUAAACACGGCCAUAGAGGAAAACUAUGGCUUCCGUGGAGUCGGAGUGGUGUCGGUUAUCGAGAGAUAUCCAAAUAUUUCAUGAUUUGGAUGCAAAACAAACAAAAGCAGGCCUUCCGUUAUUUGGCGCAACAGAUGGUCUCCGAGGGACUCAUACCGAGCGUCGACACCUUUUUCUACCUGACCGCUGAAGAAGUGGAAAGCCUUUGUAACGGAUCCAGAGAUGCCUUAAUAUUAGCGAAAGUGAGGCACAGGAGGAGACUGUACCCCAAAAUGGAUAAAUACAAGUUCGACGAGUUUGUGAAGGGGCCAGACAUGAGGCCCAGGAAUUUUGAAGAGCGAGUUAUUCCGCCGACUCUGAGCUCCGGUAUGGUUCAGAUGAAGGGAACGCCAGUUAGUAACGGAUCGGUUAGGGCGAGGGUUUGUGUCUCUGAGGAUAUUACCGAAGCCGACAAUAUUCAGCCGGGAGAUAUACUGAUCACAUACUCGACAGACAUCGGUUGGAGUCCAUACUUCCCUCUACUGUCGGGUAUUAUCACAGAAAUCGGUGGAACCAUAUCUCACGGGGCAGUCAUUGCCAGAGAAUACGGUAUUCCGAGUCUGAUAGCAGUGGAGGGCGCCUGUAGUGCAUUCAAAACCGGAGAUAUUUGUGUUUUGGAUACACAGACUCAGACUAUCACUAAAGACCCUCGGUCCAAACACCUGCCAUUUAUUGACUAUACACCCCUGCCCUUAAUACUGGCCGUUAUGGCGUAUUAUUUGGUCAUUACACAGUUUAUGCCCUGGUACAUGCAGGACAAGGAGCCCUAUAAUUUACGAAAGACCAUGCUCGGAUACAAUGCUUUUAUGGCUGUUGGAAAUCUGUGGGCAUUCACCACAUCUUUGGAAUACAUAGACUAUGGCCGAGUAUUUUUUAAUGUAGACUACCCGUGCGAUCAGACAUCAACGCCUGAGACUAGGAAAUUGAUUAUCUUGGGUUAUUUAUAUUUAAUAUCAAAACUGUUGGACUGGAUGGACACCCUGUUCCUAUGUCUGCGCAAGAAGUACACCCACAUAACACUGCUGCACAUGUAUCACCACAUGUCGGUGCCGGUGUUUGGGUGGGUUCUGAUCAAAUUGAACCCAUUCAUACCGGGAAUGAGACUCUUCGGUCUCAUGAAUUCGUUCAUACAUUUCGUGAUGUAUUCCUACUAUUUUUUGGCCGCAUUUGGACCCGAAGUUCAAAAGUACUUGUGGUGGAAGCGAUAUAUCACGCAAAUGCAACUGGCUCAGUUUAUUAUACUGGGAAUUUAUGGCUAUAUAUUCUUAUUUUUCCAGAGAGGGUAUCCCGUGUUCUGGCUAUACGUGGGCGCCCCUCAGCCCCUGUUUUUCUUUUAUAUGUUUUAUGACUUUUAUAAGAAAACAUACGUUGAGAAAAAAAAUAGAGAAUUGAAUAAAAAAGUUGAAUAG